AAUCUAACACCUAAAAAAACAGUACAGUAUUAUUUUAGUAUCAAAUGAGCCAAUACAUUGAAGUUGUUUUUUAAAUUUUAUUUUCAUAAUAAUCAAAUGAAGCCUGUAAAUUGAAAUUAUUUUUAAAAUUUUAUUUUUUCACUUUUUAAAAAAUAAUUUAAAAUAUAAUAAAACGCCUACUUAUAACACUCCAAUUUCUCAAUUGCUACUUCUCUUCCAUUUCUUCUAUUGGCUCAAAAAUAUCUUCUUCAUCCCACCUCUGCAAAUCUCCAGUCUCCUUCAAUUAUUUCAACUCAAACAAAUCCACUUCUGUCUGUCACCGGUUUUUACUAUUAAACUUUCAGGGUUUGGAGUUGAAGGUACGGGGACUAAUUGAUGGCGUCGAAGAGGAUAUUGAAGGAGCUCAAGGAUCUGCAAAAGGAUCCUCCCACAUCAUGCAGUGCUGGUCCAGUGGCAGAGGAUAUGUUCCAUUGGCAAGCAACAAUCAUGGGGCCGACAGAUAGCCCUUAUGCUGGAGGUGUAUUUUUGGUUUCAAUUCAUUUCCCUCCGGAUUAUCCUUUCAAGCCUCCAAAGGUUGCUUUUAGAACUAAGGUUUUCCAUCCUAACAUCAAUAGCAAUGGAAGUAUUUGCCUUGAUAUUCUCAAGGAGCAGUGGAGUCCAGCAUUAACCAUAUCGAAGGUCCUGCUGUCCAUCUGCUCUCUGUUGACGGACCCAAACCCCGAUGAUCCGCUCGUACCAGAAAUUGCUCACAUGUACAAGACUGACAGGGCCAAAUACGAGACCACUGCUCGUAGCUGGACUCAGAAAUAUGCUAUGGGAUAAUGGACAAAAUCGUCUCCAGGCAUGUCUGGGACUUUUGCAACAACAAUGUCUUAUUGUGCUUGGGGUGAAUCAAUAAAUUUCGCGAAUGAACUUAGUUUACUUCUUAAUCUCCCUUAAUGUGGGUUGUCAAGGAACGGGUCUUUUCAAUUUGUGAAUAUCUAUUCGAUGACUAGAAAGGGAGUAACUGCAAUGUAAUUUUACUUUGUUUGCCA